GCCGUAGCUGCAGGCGCCGCUUCCCGGGUUAAUUCCUUCGCUUCCUCCGUUCGCGAAGGGAGUGAGGCCCGGAGGGGAGCCAUGGAGCGCGCUUUGCCUGCCGCCGGCUUCCUGUACUGGGUGGGCGCGGGCACCGUGGCCUACCUGGCCCUGCGCAUCUCGUAUUCGCUCUUCACGGCCCUUCGGGCCUGGGGGUUGGGUCACGAGGCGAGGGUCGGCCCGGGGCUCGGCGAAUGGGCAGUUGUCACAGGUAGUACUGAUGGAAUUGGAAAAUCAUAUGCAGAAGAGUUAGCAAGGCAUGGAAUGAAGAUUGUCCUUAUCAGCAGAUUACAGGACAAACUGAACCAGGUUUCCAGUGAAAUCAUGAACAAUGUGGGAAUGUCAUAUGUGUAUCCGGAAUACUUUUUGGAUGUUCCUGACUUGGACAAUACCAUCAAGAAACUGAUCAAUGUUAAUAUUCUUUCUGUUUGCAAGAUGACACGGUUGGUACUGCCUGGCAUGGUAGAAAGAUCUAAAGGGGCAAUUCUGAACAUCUCCUCUGCCAGUGGCAUGUACCCAGUUCCACUGUUGACCCUCUACUCUGCCACCAAGGCUUUUGUAGAUUUCUUCUCUCAGUGCCUCCAUGAGGAAUAUAAGAGCAAGGGCAUCUUUGUGCAGAGUGUCCUGCCCUUCUACGUAGCUACAAAACUGGCUAAAAUUCGAAAGCCAACUUUGGAUAAGCCCUCUUCAGAGACGUUUGUGAAGUCUGCCAUUAAAACCGUAGGCGUGCAAUCCCGAACCAACGGAUACCUGAUCCAUUCUCUUAUGGCCUCAGUAUUCUCAAUCCUGCCUUCCUGGCUGUAUUUUUAAAGUAACCAUGAAUGUAGUCAGCUCCACCCGGACUCUCUACCUGAAGAAAAGGAAGAAGAACUAAGCAUUGGCAACUGCGCUGAGUAACUUGGCCAGAUGCUCCAGCCUAAGCAUGUUGGCUACAAGGCACUCACCGUCUCCAAGUCUUCAGUUGUCAUGUUAGCGAACAGCUACCAAAGAAGCUAAAGGUCGUCUUAAUUGGGAGGAAAGCAGAAGUUGCUUUCAGGAGUUCCUGAUAUAGAUUCGCAUGCUCC